AUGGAUGAACAGGACAAUGAUUUUAAAGAGUUGUGGGCAAAUCUUUUGAGCGGAGCAAAGAAAAAAGCUGGAGAUGCUGAGGCAGCAAAGAGGGCUCAGAACAGGUCAAAGAGCACUGCAGCAAAAAGCAAGUUGAGAAGAGGCAAAGCUACUGUUAAGAGCCAAAGCAAUCAUCACUUACCAGCAGUGAAGGAGUCAAAUUGGCCUCAAGAUUUGGGUCCAAAGGAACAAACAUUGGUGCACAAAGACGAUGGUGAUGCUUUGGCCUGUAGUAGUGGUGAGACCACACAAGGAGAUGGAAGGAGCGUUUUCCCUGCCAGCCAGCCAAGUACAGCGGCCAGUGAGUGUAGCCAGAGGACCCUGACAGUGAAUACUCUGAGUGGCUGUUCUCAGACUACAUUAUCCGUCCAUCCUGCUACACAGCCAGGGACCUGCUCUUCACCCACCUCGAAGAUCCUGCCGCUCGCAGGGUCUAAGGUGCGGGUAGCAGAGCUGGUAGUGGAGAGAAUGCAGCAGUUCAAGAGAGUGGCACCUGAGCAGUUAAAACACAGCACAGACAACAGCUUGCUAAAAUCUGCAGCCAGCGAGGAUUUCCCUGACAAAAGCCAGGAGCAGAACCCACCAGAGAAUGAUACCCACCAUCGUCCAUCCGUGGAGCAUGACAGUGCUCUGGCUUUGGCUCUUGAACAGGAAACCAAAGAGGAAGCCCUGGCAAGCCUGGAGGAUGUAGGCUUGUUUUUUUGUCAGAUCUGCCAGAAGGAUCUCUCAGCCAUGAACUCGACACGACGAGAGCAGCAUGUUAACAGGUGUCUGGAUGAGAUGGAGGAAGCACAGAUGUCAUCCUCCAGCAAACCACUGGUCCCUGAAUGUCCAAUCUGUGGGAAGCAGUUCCAAACCUCACAGAGCCGAAUCAGUCACUUGAAACGCUGUGCUGUCGAGAUGGAUGUUCCUCCUAAGCUGCUUCUUCAGGCGGUGCAGUUGCAGUUGUCCACGCUUGGUGAUGCACCUCUUCAGUGUCCCAGCAAUCAACCAAGCAAGUCAAAGCGAAAAGGCUCCUCCGAAAAAGACUCAAAGAACAAGCAGAAGAGGGCCAAAAUGGAGACUAAGGAUGAAGAUUUGCUGGUUGCUAUGGCAAUGUCACGCUCUCUGUUGGAGCAAGAAAAGCAGGAACAGACCAAAUCAGUUACACAUGUGAAACCAAUGGCUGCUUUGCCAAUCAAAUGGAAGCCAGGAUCAGAGAAAAGACGGCGUAAAAAAGGCCCAACUGCACCUCCACCAUUACUGCUUCAGGACCCGGAGAAGACCCGCAAAAGGAUCCAGGAGCGAGUAGCUAUGCUGCUUGUGGAAGAGGUGGAAUUCCCUCCCACCCCUCAGCUUCCCACUAGUAGAAUUUUGGAGGAUGUAUCUGGGAAAGCAACCUGGCUCUUGCCAUUGUCCAAAACCAAAGAGUGCUUUUUGUGGAAUAUCAGUGCUCUGACAGGACCCUCUGACCUUGAGUCAUUCUACGCUGCUGCAUUAACCCCCCACAUUGUACCUUGGAAGCCUGUGCAGAAUCAUAAGCCAGAGAACCUUCUGCCAUCAGUGGAAUCUGAUCAGCCAAAAGUAUCCCAGCAGAGUCAGCCUGACCUCAGUUCUUGUGAGCCCACUUGCACAGAGGUUGGAGGCCAAACUUCUGAUGAAUCCAAGUCAGGCCAUGAAGGAGACGGGCAGUUUUUAUCUUGCGGCCAGAAGGAUGUUCAGACCCUGCAGGACCUAGUUGAAUUGGCCAAGGAAGGACUUACCCUCACUCAGUGGAACCUUGAUAUUAACCAUGCUGAGGCAGCAGAGCAGCCAGGAAAGGAACUGACUUCCAGUGAUACUCCACACAGUGGCUUUUUUCCCCCAUCCAAAGAGAAGAGCUUCCUGACGAGCAGCUGUAAAAGA